GCAAGUGAGGGAGUACGUAGGACGAUAAUUGAAAAUUUUGGGCAUUUUGGCACUGGGCGAAGAAAGUGUCUGGGAGCAGCCAUGGAAGUUAAGAUGGAAGAUGCGGCAAUGGGGGAACAACUCGUAGUUCCUCCAUUGGCGGCUGUAAAAUUAGAGAAAUCUGCAUAUGAAAUAUUGAAGGAGAGCAAAACUGGUGUAGAAGAGGUUGUAGCGAAGAUCCUUUCACUGAAAAAGGAUGAUCAAGUAAAACCCGAAAUUCGUGAACUUGUUACUCAGAUGUUUCUCCACUUCGUCUCACUUCGCCAGGCGAAUCGUAAAAUUUUAAUCGAAGAAGAUCGUGUAAAAGCCGAAACUGAACGUGCAAAAGCACCUGUGGACUAUACAACUUUGCAGCUUCAUAAUUUGAUGUAUGAGAAGAGCCACUAUCUCAAAGCUAUAAAGGCAUGUAAAGACUUCAAAUCAAAGUAUCCUGACAUUCAACUUGUUUCUGAGACUGAAUUUUUUAGUCAAGCACCUAAAGAAUUCAAAGGAAAUGCAACAUCAAGUGAUAGUGCUCACAAGUUGAUGCUUGAGAGGCUUAAUUACGAGCUAUUCCAGAGGAAAGAGCUUUGCAAGCUUCGUGAGAUACUAGAGCUGAAGAAGAAAAGUCUUUUGGAGACCACUGCCAACAGAAAGAAGUUUCUGUCUAGUCUUCCCUCACAUCUCAAGACUUUGAAGAAAGCAUCAUUGCCUGCACAAAGCCAACUAGGACUUCUACACACAAAGAAACAAAAGCAGCUGCAUGCAGCGGAGCUGCUUCCUCCGCCAUUAUAUAUUAUUUACUCUCAAUUCAUGGCCCAAAAAGAAGCUUUUGGAGAGAACAUUGAGCUGGAAAUAAUUGGAAGCCUGAAAGAUGCUCAAGUCUUUGUCCGACGGCAAACAAGUAAAGACAAUGGCAUAUCAACAAUGCAAGAGAAUUCACGGAUUGAUGAUGAUGUAGUGGAUGAGGAAGAUGAUGGUCAAAGGAGAAGAAAACGACCCAAAAAAGUGACUGGGAAGGAAAAUGUUGAGACAGAUGGAAUAUAUCAAGCUCAUCCUCUUAGAAUCAUCCUCCAUGUGUAUGAUGAUGAGGUCUCUGAUUCAAAGCCUGCUAGACUUGUUACCUUGAAGUUUGAGUACCUAUUUAGGCUGAAUGUGGUAUGUGUGGGUGUUGAUGGCUCUGAUCAAGGGCCUGAAAACAACAUUUUGUGCAACUUAUUUCCUGACGACAAAGGCCUUGACUUACCUCAACAGUCCGUUAAGCUUCUUUUGGGUGAUGGAAUGGAAUUUGAUGAAAAACGGGGUAUGCGCCCAUAUAAAUGGGUUCAGCAUUUGGCAGGAAUUGAUUUUUUGCCGGAGGUGUCUCCCUCUCAGAUUACUAAUGAAGCUAUUAAAUUUGAAACUGGUAAAGAUGCUGUUGUUUCAGGACUUUCAUUGUAUCGGCAACAAAAUCGUGUUCAGACAGUGGUGCAAAGAGUCAGGUCAAGGAAGAAGGCUCAACUUACACUUGUGGAACAGCUUGAUUCACUUACAAACCUUGCAUGGCCCUCUAUUACCUGUCAAAGUGUUCCAUGGGCCCCACAUGAAUACUUGUGUUUUCUGAGUAAGUGGUCACCUGUAGGAUCCUCUGUUAACCAGGAAAUUUCUAUAACUGAAGUUGAAAUGGAAAAUGGCCAUGAUUCUUUGGAUGUCAUCACAGUCGGAAAGGCUGAUUCUUCUAAGGAAGAGUUAGGGAUUGUAACAGAAGAUGGGGAGCUACCAUCACUGAUUUCAUCAACGGUAUUGACUGAUGAUAAAUCCACUGCAAAUCUGAGUGAUUCUAAACGGAAGACACUAACCUCCAAAACUAAGACCCUUCCUAUGAAAUCUGCUAGAAGCCAGAGUUUUGGGCGUUAUGAGGAGGAUACAGACCUUAUAUUGGAUAGUGAAAGUGAAAUGGAUGAUGUUGCAAAAACUGAGAGGGAAAACGAAUGUGAUGUUGUUGAGGCGAAUUCAUGGGUGGAUUAUGGAGUUAAAGAAUAUAAUCUUGUCUUAACCAGGAAAAGAGAUGCGGAGGAGGGUAAUAUUGAUCUCCAAGCCAAGAUUAAAAUUAGCAUGGAAUAUCCACUGAGGCCUCCUCUUUUCAGAUUAAGUUUGCUCCCUCAGUUCCCUACUGGAAACAAUUCAUCUGUUCACCACUCUGUAUGGUACAAUGAACUUCGUGCUAUUGAAGCUGAGGUCAAUCUACACGUAGUAAAGAUGUUAACCAUGGAUCAAGAAAACUAUAUAUUGUCUCAUCAAGUGCAUUGUCUUGCUAUGCUGUUUGACCUCUAUCUAAACGAAAACCAGGCCUCUCGGUCCUCAGAAGGGAAAAAGUGUAACUCUGUAAUUGAUAUUGGUUUGUGCAAGCUGGUUAGUGGUGUAUUGAAUGGCAGAUUUUUCAGAGGAAGGGAUCGCAGGAAGAUGAUAUCCUGGAAGGACAUGGAAUGCACUCCUGGUUACCCUUUUUGAUACUUUCUAUUUCUGUUUCGAAGGCUUUUUGAUGUCGUUCUCUAGAAAUUAAGAUGAGGGAUAAAGAGAAAAGAUGCAAAGAAAGGAUCAAAUCAGAAAACAUCUAGUAAUCUAUGUUUCCCAUUGUUUAGUUGUAAUUUACUGGAAGGGGAAGAUUGCUAAUUAUUUUUAUUUGGUUUUUUAAUUUCUGAUUCAAUUUUUGAGUAAUUCUUUUUAGAGAUUUCUUGAACUUUUGUGUAAUUUAUGGUGUGAUUUUUUAAUAGUUUUCAUGAAUUUCGGAGUGA